GGUGCCACACCCCUGCAGCCCCGCCCUGAUGGCACCUGGCGUUAAUUUAAAACCUUUCCUUGCCGCAAUGGGGAAUUUACUGCGUGGCUGCAGCCAAAUAUAUCAUGUCAACAAGCGUCGAAUCCGCAUUUCAAGGUCCAUUUAUGGAGUCGAGGGGUUGGUCAAUGCCUCUUUUGUCUGGCGUUCCAGCGCUGCCCCCUGGCUUCAGGUCCAGACCACCUUCUUAUCCAAGCAGCCCUGAACCUUGGCUUCUCCCAGGAUGUAGCUCUGUGUAUGACAGUCUGGUCAGUAAUACAGCCCCAGCCAUGCCUCCCUCCCCCAUUAAUGGAGAAAGAGGACCUGCCCCUGCUAUGCAAAAGCUACGCAGGUCCUCCAUCCUUGAGCGAUGUAUCCUUAGGAUGUCUACUGCAAGUGUUGCUGUUGGAACGGAAGACAUGGAUGGCGUCAGGAGGUCCCAGGCAGGGAUGCGUUUGGCCCCACGAAACCUGGAUCCAGCUCACAUGGAAGGCAAUGAAUCUGUUCUGAAACGACGGCAGAAACAGGUUCAGUACGGCAAGAACACCGCUGGCUACCAGAAUUACCUGGAGCAAGUUCCCAAGCGUUUGAGAAUCCCUGGGCUGCACCCAUCCACUCCAAACAAAUAUAGAAAGUACAGCCGCCGAUCUUGGGACAUGCAGGUUCGCCUUUGGCGGAGAGCUCUGCAUGCGUGGGACCCUCUGUCUGAAGCGCAUGGAGAAGUGGAGGAACAAGACCCUCUUGACCAACUGCAGGGGUUGCUUGAGCAGAUGAAUUGCGAGCUAUAUGAAGACUAUAGUGGUAAAGAGAGGACCAGAGGGAUGCUGUCAAACUCCAAAGCCCCCUUCUCCUCUAAGCCUCCAGUAAUGUCAUUCAACAGUCCCUGGAUGUUUCCCCAUGGAUCUCAGGUGGAUGUGUCGGGUCCUCAGGUGCCAUCCUCCCAGCCAGGCUUGGGGUAUGCCUUUAGCAGUCAUCUAACGGCUGAUGAGAAUGUGGUGGGAUGGCUAAGAUUUCUCCUGGAAACUGACCACUCCCGCGAUCAACAGGCGCCCCUGCAGGGCGACCGGCUACUGUGGAAGCCGUACUGAUCAUUGCUGUCAGUCACAGCGGUAGAUCUUUUGGGUAUAUCCUAAUAGACUUGCAGGGUUGCACUGGGUGUUGUGCUGACUAUGAAAGGGAUGAUUGCUGUAAAAUAUUUACCACUUUUGGGUUCACUUUUUACACUUUGGUUAUGGUUCUGUAGCGCACAUUUUCAAACUGCUUCACUAAUCAUGUACCUACAUUGAUGUCUAUUUUGGACCACUGUAAUGCACUUUUUUUGCACCAUUUACCUUUGUCACAAUUACAUUUAAGUUAUGUUAGGUUUUCACUGCCCCAUCCUCUAAAACAGGAUUCUAUUCUGACCUGCCUAAAUUCUGUUUUCUCUCUAAAGAGUAAAAAUGUAUUAGCUUUAUGUUGCGUUUUGCACACCAGCCACAUCACCAUGUUCACCAGUCUGUGACCCAACUGACUGUCAGGCUCUAUACGGUCUCAUGCACCAUCCUCUCCUGCCUACCUAGCUGUUUUUCUAAAAACAAUGUCGAUGGGGAAAAUGCUAUCACUUUGUUUAGUAGUUUUUUUUUUAUUCAUUUUUUUUCUUAAUUGUCUUUUUGUACAACCUGAGUACUGAUGCAAAACGAAAUUAAUAAAGAUAUGUUCCAAAUUGAA